AUGCUGGAUCGACUCGCAGAAAUCAAGGGCAAGGCACCACCUGCCGACCAAGUGGCGAUCGAUGUCGAGCCGCGGGGCGUCGUCCGGCCAAAGUUCAUGGAGCAGUUCUUCAAAGACGUCGAGGAGAUGCAAAUGGACCUCGCCAACAUCAGUCUCGCUUCGCAGCAGAUCUCCGAGUUGAACGGGAAGGCGAUUCUCGCGACGUCGAACACUGAAGAGCAAGCCAUCAGCACCCAACUGGGCUUCGUGAUCGAAACGACCAACAAACUCGCGGCCCAUGCCAAGGGGCUACUGGAGAUGCUCAAGAAGGAGUCGGCCGAGCGGAAGAAGGAGAAAGGCACGCCGCUGUCGGAGAUCAGGAUCCGCGAUAACAUGUGCGCCACCCUCACCAAGAAGUUCAUGGACUCCAUGAAGGACUACCAGAAGGCGCAGCAGAAGUACAAGAGCGAUAUGAAGAACAAAGUGAAGCGGCAGGUGCAGAUCGUGAAGCCAGACGCGUCCGAAGCCGAGAUCGACGCCGUCAUGCGCUCAGGAGACCCCGGGUCCAUUUAUAAGAGCGCCAUUCUGCAGGGCGGGGCCGCGGAAUCCAUCACGGACGUGUUUCUCCACUGCCAAGACAAAUACCAGGACGUGCUCAAGCUGGAGCAGAGUGUUGCAGAGCUCCACCAAAUGUUUUUGGACUUGGCGCUGCUAGUAGAGCAGCAAGGCGAACUGCUCGAUCAGAUCGACCACCAGGUGCGCACGGCCGCCAACUACGUGGAACAAGGCAACCAAGAAGUACAGAAGGCAAUCAAAUACCAGAAAGCUCACCGGAAGAAAAUGUGCUGCCUGCUCGGUAUCGGAGUCGCCAUCCUGCUAGCAAUCGUCAUCAUCGCACUGGUCCUCAAGAAAGCGUCGUAG